AUGAAGCCAGGAAUCUACCAAUUUCUGAUAGGCUGCUUUGCCUCGCUCGGAUCGUUACUAUUUGGCUACGAUCUAGGCGUCAUCGCUGAAGCUGUAGCGUCAAGUUCGUUUAAGGCACAAUUUCUUCAGUCUAGUACCAAUGCCCGCAGUGGCACAGUGGUUGCCCUAUUCACUGGAGGGUGUUUUGUUGGUGCUUUCGCAGCAGGGUUCGCAGAUCGUCUGGGUCGCCGCGGCACGAUCCUACUUGCAUGCGGAAUUUUCAUAAUAGGUGGAAUUAUUCAGACUGCAGGAGUUGUCAUAUCGAUGUUGUACAUAGGCAGGCUCCUCGCAGGAAUCGGUGUUGGUCUUCUGACGGUUGGUCUUUUGAUCUCCUCCUCAUUCCAGGUCUUAGCUCAUGUUUACAAUAUGCAGAUGAUUGUUCCCUUAUAUCAAGCAGAGAUUAGUCACCGGCGUAUUAGAGGGAGAGUCACCAGCCUCCAACAGCUCUUUGAUGCGGUGGGGCAAAUAUUUGCAACUUGGAUCAGCUAUGGUUGCUAUUCCGCCUGGGACAAGAAGGGAAGCAGUGCAGAGUGGCGUGUCCCUCUUGGAAUUCAGAUUGUCCCAGCAAUCUUGCUUGCUACCUUCGUGUACAUGAUUCCCGAAAGCCCACGGUGGCUCUGUGACCAUGACCAAUGGGAAAAAGGGCUGGCAACUCUAGCGCAGCUCCACGCGCAUGGAAAUAUUCAUGAUCCGUAUGUAAUCGCUGAGUAUAACCUCAUUGAGGCGCAGAUCCGACAGGAGCAUACGCAGAAACGGAAGACGUAUUUCGAUCUUUUCAAAGGAUGGCCCAAUAUUCGACGCACCAUCUUGGUCAUGGCUGCACAAGCCAGCGCUCAAAUGACAGGAGUCAGCGCCAUCCGAUAUUUUUCGCCUGAGAUAUUCGCGCAGAUCGGCAUCCAAACAUCCACCACACUGCUUCUAACUGGUGUCCAGGCUAUUAUCUCUUUCUUGGGUACCUCGGUUUGCAUUAUGGUCAUUGAUUCAAUCGGACGACGACCGUUACAGAUAGGGGGAAAUUUGCUCAUGGCAGUUACAUUCGCGGUCAACUGCGCGCUCAUAAAAGUGUUUCCUCCUACAUCAACAAGCACAGCAGCACAUUGGACCUUUAUCGUCAUGACAUGGUUCUUCAGUUUUAUUUUCUUCGUCACUAGUGGCCCCCUGUCGUGGGCGUUGCCAGUCGAAUUCUUCGGCACUGCUAUGCGCUCCAAAGGCGUGGCAGUUGGUGCAAUGACAUCCUUCGCCUUCAAUACUAUGAUAGGGCAGGUUACGCCAAUUGCUAUAUCAACCAUUGGCUGGCGAUAUUACCUUAUCUUCAUUAUUACAAACAUCACUAACGCCAUAUUCUUCUGGGCCUUUCUCCCGGAAACUAAGGUUCUCAACUUGGAGGAUAUGGACGAGUUGUUUCUUAACACACCUCUGUUUGUCCCAGGCACCCACUGGACUCCCUCAUCCCAUGUAGAUGUUGAUGCCGAGAUGAUUGCCGUGGGUAAAAGGGGCUCUUCUGAGGCUGCUAUUCACAAAUAA